AUGUCGUUCAAGGUCAAAGCCCUGUAUGACUAUGUCUCUGGGCACGAGGACGAUCUAGGUUUCAAUGCCGGGCAAAUCAUCACCGUCACCGAUGAAGAGGAUGAUGACUGGUACGGUGGGGAGUAUGUUGACGACUCCGGAAAUACGCGCGAGGGUAUCUUCCCUCGGAACUUCGUCGAGAAAUACGAGCCUACCGCCCCGCCCCGCCCGACGAGAUCGCGCCCCAAGCGUGAGCCCGAGGCUGCUCCAGCGCCCGCCCCCGAGCCUGCUGCCCCGCCCGCUCCGGCGCCCACCCUCCCCGCUCCCGAUUCUCCGAAACAAGCGGCGCCGGAACCCGAGGAAAGACCAGAGCCAGUAGCUCCCGUAUCGCCACCCCAGGCCUUCUCUGCAUCCCCGCCGGCUCCGGCGCCCAUUGCAGCGCCUUCGGCACCCAAGCCGGUGCAGCCGGUGCGAGCUGUUGCUCCCGCCCCCGCUCCUGCGCCGCCCGCCCCACAGCCCGCCGAGGUCCCGGCUGCAAACUCACCGCCUUCCCCAAAGCGCGCCCCCUCGUUUUCCAAGCCGGGUGGCCCUCCUCCCGUGACGGAGAAGCCGAGCAGCAACUCGUUUAAAGAUCGCAUUGCGGCGUUCAACAAAGCUGCCGCCCCGCCGAUCACCCCAUUCAAGCCUAGCAGUCUGAGCUCUGGAGGAACUGGCGGCUUCAUCAAGAAGCCAUUCGUUGCGCCCCCGCCUAGCAGAAAUGCCUACGUUCCACAGGUGUCCCAGGCUCCUGUCGCCAAGCUCUACCGCAGAGAUGAAGACCCGGAGGUAAAAGAACAAGAAGCCGAGGUACUCGAAAAUGCUGGUAGGGCGGGUCUCGUCCCCACGGGAUCCUCAAAUGAGGGUGACGCUGCCGAGGAUCAGCCUAAGCCCAUGAGCUUGAAGGAGCGGCUGGCCUUGCUGCAGAAACAACAGAUGGAGACAGCCGCCCGGCAUGCCGAGGCCGCGGCCAAGAAGGAGAAACCCAAGCGGCCACCCAAGAAGCGUCUCGAUAGUCAGGACACAGUCGAAGGUGAAGUUGUUGAGCGGGUCGAGGAGACGGGGAGGACCUCCACCGACGAGGCGCCCCCGCCGCGCAUGACACAUGCUCCCAGGCGUAGGUCCUCCAAGGGAGCCGAACCUCGUGACGGGAACGAGGCGGAUAUGUCCGGGGCCGGCGAGACAACUGAGGGCCAGGAGGACCUCACCGAAAAGGAGGACAGUGAUGGCCGACCCAAACACGUGGCUACAGUAUCUAAGCAGGAAGAUAAUAAUCGGGAAGAGGAAGAGGACGAAGAGGACGAAGACGAAGAGAACGAAGCAGAGGAGGAGGAUGAUGUGGAUCCCGAAGUUCGCCGCCGAGAAGAGCUGCGCGCGAGGAUGGCCAAGAUGUCUGGCGGCAUGGGGAUGCCUGGCAUGGCCAUGCCCUUGUUCGGCGCUCCUGCUCCGGUGCUUCCAAAGAAGAAGAAGGCUGCCCCCGAAAAGCCGGUGGAAGAGGCCGAGGAGCCCGUUUCGCCGGCGACGCGGGUAGCCCCCCCAGUCCCCCUCCCCGGGCUGAUGCGGCCUCCUAUCCCUACGGACCCAAAACAGCCCGAGUCGGAGGACGAAGAAGAGGAGGAAUCGGAUCUCCGAACUCCGCAUCAGGAGGCUGCUCCGCCAGCCCCUCCUCCUGUUCCUGGUGGACGACCGGCUCCGCCUCCUGUACCUGCGGACUCACGUCCGCCGCCGCCGCCUCCAGCUACCUCGGCAGUCAAAUCGCCUAGUGAAGGAUCGCAAUCGGAUGACGAACUCUCGGAGCGACCUAACCCCGAGUCUGAUGCUCUAAGCGGUGACGCGAACCAGGUUACCAGAGCUCCGCCUCCGCCUCCACCCGCAGCCGCCGGCGCGCCGCCGCCAAUUCCAACAUCACCACGCCCGUCAGUGGACAGUCGCGCAUCCUAUAUUGAGCAAACCCCUCCCCGUGAGACCAGCAAACGGAGCAGCAGGCCGCCACCGCCGGUUCCGGGAUCCCCCCCAGCCCUCCCGCCUGUUCAGUCAAGACCACCCCCCCCACCUCCUUCAGCUGCCCCGCCGCUCCGGCGAGUCUCGACUGGCGAUUCCAGGCCUCCGCCGCCAAUCCCCGCCGGGCGUAGGAAUAGCGACGAUGGCGAGGACGAGGAGAUCACCGAGUAUGAGGGCGACUAUGAUACGGACAUCGCGUCCUCGGUUCCUCACAAGGAUGCGCUCAAAGCGCACCAGCGUGAGUCGAGCUUUGAGGAUGUCAUCUCCCCAAAGUCCCCAACGACGGCAGCUCCUCCCCCUCCCAUUCCCACCGCAUCGCCCCCGAGAGCAGGCCCACCCCCUAUCCCGAGCCAACCUCCCCCGGAGACCCGAAAAUCGGUGGAUAUGCCUAGAAUGGCUCCGCCGCCUCCCCCACCUGGCCAAGGAGACGCCUCGAACGGUCUUCCUCCUCAGCUCCAUGGACGUAAAGAUAUCUUCUUCGAGUCCGAAGAGUCGAGCUCUGCCGACCCACACAAAGGCGGCAAGACCAUCAUUACUCGUGACAUCUACGUUCUAUUUCAAGACUACUCCCAGUCCGUCAUCACUGUCCGCUUCAACCCGCAAGACCCCUCCGACGUCCAACUCGAACAGCGCCAUGAACCGCCUCCGCGUGCCCUGCGCCAAGAUCAGCUUGAACAAAGCUACGACCGUUUCGGCCGCGCCAUCGGCGAGGCUGUCGCCUCCAAGAAGGACACCGUCAUUGGCGACGGCACCCCACAGGCGCUCAUCUACGAGCUCCUCCGCCCUUUCAAGGACGCCCUCCUCCCCGUCGGCACGCGCGCGUACGGGGCCCUCGUCUACAGCAACCUGGCCAACGCGAGCACGACGCAGAACGACGAGAUCCGGCCCGGCGACAUUGUCAGCAUCCGCAACGCCAAGUUCCAGGGCAAGCACGGCGCGAUGCACGCCAAGUACUCGAUGGAGGUCGGCAAGCCAGACCACGUCGCCGUCGUCUCGGAGUGGGACGGCACCAAGAAGAAGGUGCGCGCCUGGGAGCAGGGCCGCGAGAGCAAGAAGGUCAAGGUCGAGUCCUUCAAGCUCGACGACCUUCGCUCCGGCGAGGUCAAGAUCUGGCGUGUCAUGCCCCGGAGCUGGAUCGGUUGGGAGUCGGGCGCCGGUGGUGCUGGCGGUGGCGCUGGUGCUGGCGGCGGAGCUGGGAACUAG